AUGAUAGCCAUCGGAAUGGAAGGCUCCGCCAACAAGGUCGGGAUAGGCAUCAUGCUACACCCGACCGACGGCAGCGAGCCCCGAGUCCUCGCCAACGUGCGUCACACCUACAACUCCCCACCAGGCGAGGGCUUCCUGCCCAAAGACACAGCGCGGCACCACCGAGCAUGGGUCGUCAAGCUAGUGAAGCAGGCACUGAAGGAGGCGCGGGUAACCGUGGACGAGGUGGACUGCAUCUGCUACACAAAGGGCCCGGGGAUGGGCGCCCCGCUGCAGAGUAUUGCCGUCGCGGCGCGGAUGCUCAGUCUGCUUUGGGAAAAGGAAUUGGUUGGCGUGAACCACUGCGUUGGACACAUCGAAAUGGGCCGGCUUAUCACCGGCGCAACGAACCCCGUUGUCCUGUACGUCUCCGGCGGCAACACACAGGUGAUUGCGUACAGCUCACAGCGGUACCGAAUCUUCGGCGAGACGCUCGAUAUCGCAGUGGGGAAUUGCCUGGACCGCUUUGCGCGCACGCUACAUAUCCCCAAUGACCCGGCACCGGGGUAUAACAUCGAGCAACUGGCCAAAAGGGGGAAGCGGCUGGUGGACCUGCCGUAUGUGGUGAAGGGGAUGGACUGUUCGUUCUCGGGAAUUCUGGCUGCGGUGGAUGCGCUGGCCGCCUCCUUGGGUCUCGCGGGGGCCGAGCAGGCGCAGAAAGAUGACGGUGAUGCCGAUACCAAGAAUGAAGAUGGGGACAAGCCCACCCGCGCCGAUCUGUGCUUCUCGCUCCAGGAAACCAUCUAUUCCAUGCUGGUGGAAAUCACCGAGCGCGCCAUGGCGCACGUCGGCUCGAAACAGGUCCUGGUUGUCGGCGGCGUCGGCUCGAAUCUGCGUUUACAGGAGAUGAUGGGGGUGAUGGCGCGGGACCGUGGGGGCAGUGUCUUUGCGACGGAUGAGCGGUUCUGCAUCGAUAAUGGGAUCAUGAUUGCGCAGGCGGGCAUGCUUGCGUUCCGUGAAGGCUUGACGACCCCGUUGAAGGAAUCCACCUGUACGCAGCGGUUCCGGACGGAUGAAGUAUUUGUGAAAUGGCGGCAGGAUUGA